GCCAGAUUAGAUCAGUGCUGCUCUUGCAUCACACUUCCAUCCAGACAGCCACUACCCGUCUCCCAUGGCCAAGUCAAAGUCGAAACAGGAAGAGGCUCUUCAGCUCCUCGACGACCUCGAUUCCUUCACGCCUCUUCCAGAGGUAUCGUCCUCUGGGACGGCGUCGCCUGGCGCAGCACCGUCUAGUGCCAAUGAAGGCGAAGCCGAGGUCCUGGCCUUCCUGGAUGAAAUCACCCAGAAGAGCUCGGAGCCGACACGCUCGACGACAGCACAUCUAGAGCGUCCAGCAUCUCGUUCUGCGACACCGACUCUCAGGAAGAGCACUGAAAGAGUUCGUCUUGGGGGUUCAGGGCUGUUUAGCGCGACUUCCCCUUCUCCUGCAUCUGCUUCCAAACCAUCUACGCCACCAGCAACUAAGCCUCAGGCUCAAGAGACGCCUGCUGCAACCGGUGGUUGGGGCUGGGGCUCGGUAUGGACCAGUGCUUCAGCUGCGAUCCAGCAAGCCAAGACGGCGGUCGAUGAGCAGGUCAAGCAUCUGCCCAAGAACGAGCUGGCAAAGAAAUGGGGUGGAGAUAUGCUUGAGUAUGCGAAGAGUGCCCAGCUCGAUAAGCUCGGCCAGGAUUUCAAACGGGUGGGCUUGUCGACUCUAACGGAUAUUCUGAACGCUGUUGCUCCUCCAAUUUCUGAACAUGAAAUAAUACAGGUAUGGUUGAGCCAUGACAUGACAGGUUACGAUGGCGUCGAGUCGCUUGUGUACCGUUCUCUUGCUAGAAUCAUGGAGCAAGUGGAGGGCGGGGAUCUCAUCGUUAAUAAGGGAAAUAAAUCCCGACCUAGAGAUGGCACCGUGGAAGGCCGAGAGCUUAAUGCCGUAGAGGGAUACGAUGCCGCAGUGAAGCUUGCACAGGCAAACCUCGAUGAAAUGAUCAAGAUGAAGGACGCGCAAAAGCCCAAAUCACAGUCGUCUGCACAGACUCCUGUAUCCUAUUCAUAUGUGUACCUUCGCGUGCAGCCAUUCCUCACUUCAUACCCUGUUCCUUCCAAACCAGAGUCUGAUGCGCCUUCUUCAUCCUCGUCACCGUUGGAGCCUUCUACCCAGCAACACUUACAAUUUUUGCUUUACUUCUCUGACCCAGCUCUCAACCUGGUGCAUACUACCAUAACACAGAGCAUCCCUGGCGCAUGGCUUGGGCUUUGGGAUGACUACGAAUGGGUUGAGGACUUGGUCGCGGAAGCGCUACGAAUCGGCGUCGAGGUUGUUGGUCAAGAAUAUGUGGUGGCCAGAAUGGGUUGGGCAGCUUUGGGCGGUAAGAAGGAGGAAACUUCCAAGAGCGCUGAUAAGACCGAGUCGAAGGACGGCACAGCGGAGGAGAGUACAAAUAACGAGGAAACCUGACUAUUUGUAUGACAUUGAAGCUUGCCCAGGAUUCUCUUAUCAGUGUAAUUGUAUCAGAGCCUCUUACGAUUUGGAAUAAGGAAUAGUAUUUAUAUGUAGAGUUC